CUUGUUGGGAUUAGGGCUAUUCAAAAGCAACAUGGCGGCCCCCGUGCGGCCGUAAGCAGCUGUCGUAGACAACGUGCGUGCGUGCGUCGUAGUGUGUAUCGCACAUUGUGUGCCUGACAUAUAUAUUUUGUCAGCGCAAACCCGGCAACAGUGAUCAUGUCGGGCAAAGAGCUCGAGUUCCACGAGAUGGGUCUCGACGAUCGCCUGCUCAAGGCGAUCGCCAAGCUCGGCUGGGGCAAACCGACACCCAUCCAGGAGAAAGCCGUGCCUCUCAUCCUCGAAGGCAAGGACGUGUUGGCUCGAGCCCGCACGGGCAGCGGCAAGACGGGCGGCUUCUGCCUCCCGAUGAUCCAUCGGCUGAUGCAGUACCGCGUCGACCAGGAGCCCGCGACUCGGGGCCUCAUCCUGGCGCCCACGAAAGAGCUGUGCAGUCAGAUAGCGCGCUGCGUUGCCCAGCUGUCCGGUACGUGGUUGCGUUGCGUCGACGUGUCGGGCACCGCCGAUCUGGCCAUCCAACGUCCACUGCUCGCCGAGCGGCCGGCCGUCGUCGUUGGCACGCCGUCGCGGUUGCUGGCCCACUUGAAGGCGGGACACCUGACGCUCAAGCUCGAAAUGCUCGUCAUCGACGAGGCAGACCUCGUGCUCUCCUUCGGACACGAGCAGGACCUCAACGAGCUGCUCACGCGACUCCCCAACCGGUGUCAGACGGUGCUCACCUCGGCCACGCUCAGUCCCGAGGUGCUGAACCUCAAGCGUCUAGCGCUCCGCAAUCCGGUGACGCUGAAGCUUCAAGAGGGCGAGCAAGACCAGCAGCGGCUCUCGCAGUACGUCAUCCGCUGCGAAGAGGACGACAAGUUCGCCCUCCUGUGCGCGCUGUUCAAGCUCCGGCUCGUGGUGGGCAAGACCCUGAUCUUCGUCACCACCGUGGACCGCUGUUUCGUCGUCAAGCUCUUCCUCGAGCAGUUCGGCGUGCGAUGCUGCGUGCUCAACUCCGAGCUCCCUCUGGCGUCGCGCGCCCUCAUCCUGAACCAGUUCAACGAGGGCCGCUACGAGAUCAUGGUCGCGUCGGACGAGAAGGGCAUCGAAGCCCAAGACAAGGCGCCCAAGAAGAGCAAGAAGCGCAACCAGGACCCCGAGUACGGCGUGUGCCGGGGCCUGGACUUCCAGAACGUCGCGAACGUCAUCAAUCUCGACUUCCCGACGACCGUGCAGGCCUACCAGCACCGUGUGGGACGGACGGCGCGCGGAGACCGCAAAGGGACGGCCUUGUCACUGGUCAAGGACCGGGAGGCCCACCUGCUCGAGGCCGUCCAGAAGGCGCUCCCCGAGGGCACGCUCAAGCCCUACCUGUUCCGCAUGGAAGAGAUUGAACCGUUCCGGUACAGGAGCAAGGACGCCUUCCGCGCUGUGACGCGAAUUGCGGUGCGAGAGGCGCGUCUGAAAGAGAUCAAGACGGAGAUGCUCUCGUCGCAGAAGCUGCAGUCCUUCUUUGAGGAGAAUCCGAGGGAAAAGCAACUCUUGCGACACGACAAGGCGCUGCACAUCAUCAAGCACCAGCCACACCUCAAACACUGCCCGGAUUACAUCAUCCCUCCGACGCUGCAGCGCAGUCUCCAGAAGGAAAGUGCGAAGGCUCCGCAGCCCGUCAAGCGACCCAGGACACGUGAGGAACGCAACAGAAAGUACGGCAAGAAGCCUCGCAGAAACGACCCACUUCAGAGUUUCAGUUGUGACUGAGAUGUGUUAUGGAUUUGGCAUGGAACCUACCAUGUUGUAUCAUUCUUUUUCUACCGUGCCCAGCUGGAAGAGUGGCAGACGAUGUGCAUCUAACCCAACUGUGUCAGUUGCCACAUGUGUUGAAUGCACAGCCAUCGUUGGUAUGAUUGCAAGGGAGCCUUUUCUCAUUGGCGUUCACUUCUUCCCUGCUGCUGUGCGCCACUUUUGUCAGGCUGCAUUUUCUAACUGUUCUCGAGGAAUGCAGUUUGACUGUCAAAGCAGGUAAUAAAGAAUGGUUGCCUGUGUACUCAAA